AUGUUAAAACUAUCCAGAAACUUUCACACUCGAUCUCCACUUCUGGUAAGGACAAGGUUUACUAAACCAAAACCAAAGCCUGAACCCAGCAAAAAUCCAAGGAAGCCCACGCAAACCAGCCAUCAUCUAAACACAUUAAAGGUUACGGCUCCAAUCCCACCAACCACAGCAAACUCUCAAUUUAUCACCCCAGAGACACAUCCUCUCUGGCAAUUUUUUCACGAUAAGAAGUUUCUCAGGUCGCAGGAUGAACUAGAUACCAAGUCCCGUCCCUGGAGUAUCCCCGAACUACGUAGGAAAUCAUUCAAUGACUUGCAUUCUUUGUGGUUGACUGCCUUAAGAGAACGUAACGUGCUAGCUAGAGAAUCUCACCUCUUACAUACGGAAUCUCAAGAUCCAACGGAUCCGUUCUCUCAAGUAGCAGAGAAGUGUAGGGUCACCAUGUGGAGAAUUAGACAUGUCCUUAGUGAAAGACAUUGGUCAUAUGUGAGAACAAAGGAUAUUGUAGAUCCCGUGCAGUUACAAGAGGAGGUCGCUCAUGAAUUGUUGCAAUGUCAAGAAGAGGAUGCAUUUUAUGAAAUGCUAGAAAGGUGUCAAUGGGCCUUGUUUGGCAUUUCUGAGGUGGUUCAGGAUAAUUUGAUCGAUGCCAAGUUUGUCAAGGGGGUUAAGUUCGUAGCUAACUUGAAGUUACAGUGGUUACUGAAACAACGUGAUAUAAUGCUCCAGGAUGAAGAAAAUGUGAAGAAGGUGGAAAAAAUCUUGCAAGGGGGGCCCAUUGAAGAUAUUGCUGAGGCAUUUGUCGUGUUUACGGCAAGUAAUGAUGUCAACAGUUGCGUUGAAGCAUGCGAUGCCAUUGAAGAACUACGAAUGGAUUCAAAUAAUAAGAUUCAUAGAUACGAUGAAAUAGAAACUAUGUCCAAAUAUAUUAAACAAUUGAAAAAGGCAGAAUCCCUUGCAGAACCGAUUCUUCAAGAAGAAGGAGUUAAAAGUAUAUAA